CUGUGACGGAUUUGGUCGAGAUGUAUUUGCAUUAAACAAGCGCGACAGCUGUGACUAUAUCUUAGCCACUUAUUUAUUGCUGCGUCCGAUUGGUUUUGUCAUUUUGGACUGCCUUCUUUCCUGGUCCAGUUUCAUUGGGAUGUAAAGAUAACAUGAACAGGUUCUUGGCUGUUAGCCUAUAAGGCAGUCCUGUCCAUAAUUAUGGCUAGGGAAGAGGGUUACCGACUAGUCCAUCUUGAUUUGAAGGGAGCUCCCCCAAAACUAUCCUACCUGCAGCAAAUAUUCCCCCUGCUGAAGAAGUGGAAUGCUAAUGGUCUGCUGAUAGAAUAUGAGGAUAUGUUUCCUUAUGAGGGCAAUCUCAAGCCACUAGCUAGCCCAAGUGCCUACAGUAAAGAUGAUGUGCGAGCUAUAGGAGAAAUGGCAAAGGAUAAUGAUUUACUGGUUAUCCCCCUUGUGCAGACAUUUGGCCAUUUAGAGUUUGUGCUGAAGCAUCCAGAGUUCUUCAUACUGAGGGAAGAUCCUGGUCAUACUCGUUCUCUGUGCCCAUCAAAACCAGACAGCCUGAGACUGGUUGUUGAGAUGAUAGAUCAGGUGAUGUCACUUCACCCCCACUUGCGCUGGUUCCAUAUUGGGGCGGAUGAGGUGUAUCACCUGGGCGAGUGUGAUUUGUGUAAGGCAAGGAUGCUAGACGAGGGCCUGACCAAAGAGAUGCUGUUCCUGUCACACGUACGGUCAGUGGCUCACCAGGUCAUGACCAAAUUUCCAACCACACAGCUUAUUAUGUGGGAUGAUAUGUUCAGGCUAUCUGAUGCACAGGUCAUUAAAGAAAGUGGAAUUGGAUCUCUUGUUGAGCCAAUGGUAUGGUACUACCAGCCGUGUGAUAUACCAGUGAUAGACAUAUGGAAGAAAUACUCACAGGUGUUUUCCAACAUCUGGCUGGGGAGUGCCUUUAAGGGUGCCACAGGAAUCCAGCAGUAUGCCACAGACAUCACUUAUCACCUUGGAAACCACGUAAUGUGGCUCACUGUGAUGAUGAAAGAAGCUGGGAAGUUUGAUCAUAUCCGUGGCAUUGCUUUGACAGGCUGGCAGAGAUAUGAUCAUUUCACAGUUCUGUGUGAGCUCUUGCCUGCUGCCAUACCAUCACUGGGCCUAUGUUUACAAACCAUUCACACAGGCUCAUUCACCUCCAAAGUCCAUGAAACAGUGUCCCAAGAUCUUCAGUGUACUGGCUUAUUACCCCUGAACCCUUUUCAGCUCCCAGCUGCACCUGAAUGUAGCUUCCCAGGUUGUGACAUUUACAUCCUCGGUAUUCAGUUGGUUCACUUGGAUGCACAGUUUGAGUGGAAAAUCCUGAGCCACUUCAGGUCUGAACAAGGUGAUCUAUGUAAGAUGAAUCUUCCCCCAGAGAGUGAGAAAAUGUCUGCUGUAUUAUCGGAAUGUGAAAGAUUGUUAAGUGCAUAUGAGGAAAUCCGGCAGAAGUUUGUGAAGUCCCUGGCUGAUGUCUUCUUCCCUCAUACCGUGGAGGAAUGGAUAAAUGUCCACGUUAUUGUCAAAAUUUUAAAGUUAAAAGACUUUCUGUAAUUAUACUACAUGAAAAUUGGCUGAUUGUGAAUAGAAUUGAUUUUACCGGUAUUUUACAUGUUGCAUUGAGCAAUUACUCAUUAGGCUACAUGUACAUUCAUAGUUGCCAUUUAUUGUGGUGGGUAGUUAAAAUUUAAAAGAUCCCAACUACAUGUAGCUUAGGUGAUUGUAGGACAGUGCAGUGGUUUUCAUAUGUGUGUAAACAUAUUGUAGGGGUUCUUGAGCACCUGUAUGUCAGAUUCAUGUGUAUAUUUUUUCAUGGAAAUGUCUCAUUGUCCCAAUAUUAAAACAAAUAUUUCUGUAAGUUAUAAUGAUAUUUGUGAUACAGUAACCAGACACUUGAUUCCUAGUCACUUAAAAAAAGUAAAAACAGUCAUUCUGUAGUUGACGUUCCAGAGAGAAACAACCACUUUAUAACUUAGCCUAAUGUUAUCCUCUGUGAUGCUGCUUGGUGCUAAUCACUGAGAGGUUAGAGCAAGGAAACAGGACUACUUGGCCGAGUGUCAGUGUAAUGUGCAUAAGGGUGUCAUGUCUGGUGUUUUCAGAAUGAUACUUCAGUGGCGGCAGCACUUCAGCAGCAUGAACUUGCCCCGCCACAAGAAGACACAGUAUAUGUAUGCAGACACCUAAUGACUCUUCCUCGUCAUGUGACUCUCGUUAAUUGUUAAGUAUGAUGUAAAACUCCAAGCGCACAUACACAAUGUACAUGUACAUACAUUAAUUUUUGAUAUAAUGAUAUUUGUUAGUCAGUUGUUGCUGUGAUGUGUUGCCAGGCUGAUAAUGUAAUGGUUUAUAUAGUAUGUUACUGGUUCUUACUGUUCUAUCAGCAGUAUUUAAUUCGCAGAUAACUGAAAGUUAUGACAGUGGUAAUAACUUAUUGAAAAUGCUUUCUGUAAGUUUCUAUGUCUCUUACGUUUAGACAUAUGCAGUAUCAUGGGCACUGUUUAUGUGGUUGUCCAUGUGCCUUAGUAUGUAAAAAUGGUGCGGCCAAAUAGAAUUUUCAGGAAGAACUACCUUUUUGCUGAAGAAAUGAACUUGAAAGUAACCAGUUAGACUUGACAUAAAGUACAACAGUUUGUAUAAUUUACAUUUAUAAUUAUUUUUUUGUGUCAAAUUGGAAUUCAAAUAUGACAGGCUUUAAUUUGUGUGUAAUAAAC